AUGGACGAGCAUGAUUCUCCUUGUCCUGCACCGGUGCUGCCGCUGCCUGAUGUUGUCUGCACGCCCGCCCCCUCGGCCGCUUGCCUGACACAUCUCAUACCGGCUGUCGUUCCCCCGGUGCCGCCUGGCCUGUCCGUUGGUGCUUCUCUACCUUCCGUGCACCCACCUUCGGACUCCCCCCAGGCCGCUUGCAAUCCACCCCCGGCUGUGUCACAUCCCUUGUCGUCCGUUGGUGCUCCUGCUUCACUACUGCACCCACCUCCGGACGCCCAAGACCUCGUUGCUGGUCCCAUGCACUCUGUGGACGCGUCUGUGGAUGACUCAGUGGUUGCUCAUGACCUUGAUGUCAGUCAAAGCUCUGGCGCAGCAUCUGCUUUGGAGUCUGCGCCCCCGCCUUUGCUGGGGCAACCCGCUCCUGCCCAGAAUGCCGUCUCCGGCGAACUCCUGCACCCUUCCGGUGUUAUGUGUUCCCCGUCAGUGCAUGCAGAGCUUGCUGCUUCUAGUCUCGCCGCUUUGGCUGGCCUUCCGGCUUCGCCGUCGCCAAGCUUGCCUGCUUCACCAGCAUCCCCACCUGCAACGCCGAAAGCCGUGCCUAAGCCUUCUCCCUUGUCUUCAGGCUCUCCUGGCUCCUUCCCGUUGGUGUCAGCUGCACCGUGCCCGGCAUCCUGCCAACCAGUUGUGCCUUCUCGCAAUAUUCCGCGUUGGCUUGACGGUUCCCUCAAUCCGGCAUACCGGCCGCCAGGCCUAGUUACUGCCGCCGUGGUCCCUGAACCUGCAAUCCCUAACCCGCCUAAGCGCUUAUUCAGAGCCCCGGCCCCGACCCUAAUCCCGCCCUUACCAGCCCGUAAACUGCGUGCACGCUCACUGCCUGCCUUGACCCCUCCCGGGCCCGCUUCAGUUGCAGUGACGCCCUGUGCUAAGCCGGCCGCCGACACACGCAAGCUUACGGCUCCGCUUCCCCGCACUUUCCAUGGUUCGGUUCCUACAGCCGCUCCCUCAAUCAUGUGUGCUUUCGAAGCUGCCCGGGACAAACUCGUUGCACGCUGGUUGUUGUUUGUCAACCUUCUGGCCAGCUUCUCGGCUCUUUUUGUGGAGGCAUCCGCUUCAUCCGACCCGGAUUUCUUCAUCAGUCGUGUUGUUAUAACAAACGCGCCUUCUACUCUACAACGCUAUCUGGACAUGUGGGCCGCCUGGUGCUUGCACUGUGAGAUUCCCCGUUCGUCGGCGCACGAUCCGCAACCAGGUGUGUUGCCAGACUGGUUGCGUGCUCGCUCUAGUCCCCAAGGCCUGGCCACCAUGCCCUUCAAGGCUCUGUCCUGGUUUUCUAGAAAGGCGGGUCUUCCGCUCCUGCGCCGCCAGCUUGAGGGUGCUAUUGCCCGAGCCUUUCUUUCUCCAUCUGCCCCACUUGAGCACCGCGAAAGCCUUCCCUUCUCGUUGAGCUUUCACGGCUUGGUUGGAGGCCCGCGUUCUCUGCCCGGACACGGUGACCUUUUGUGGGUGCCGCCAGCCCGCUUGCAAAAUCUUGCGCCCUCCGCUGCCUUGGUGGGAAUCUGUAUUCGCGCGAAGACGACUAAAUCCGGGAUGCCUUGGGGCAUCUACUCGCCCGGCCUUUUGGGUUCCGCCACGUCCUCUUGGACGACCCGCUGGUUGUCCGUUGUCAAGCAAGUUCUUGCGGACACCGUUGCCUUGCACCCACACCGCGUGAUCGACUUCUUGCCAGCCAUCCUUUCUGCCGAUGCCGGUCACCCGGUCAUUGUCAAGCCGUUGUUCCGGGACCAAGCAGUGCCGUGGAUCCGCAGUCUCCUUUGCCACCAUUGGAAUCUGCACAGCUCGGAGCCGAUGCCGUCUGUGUUUAACCUGAUAGCCAUCAUCGGCUGUCAGGUUUUUGACAAAUCCGUUGCACUGUACAGCCGUGAUGAUAUCGGCCCAAUGUUGUGUUGCCAACGCACCGUCGUUUCAUGCAUCCGCGCUGGCUUUCGUCCGCUUCAGCCACUGGCUCGGGGUUCUGAUCAUCCGCUUCUGGACUUUCCGACGGAGCUGCCGUCAGCUGCUGGCUUGCCGCGUGUUCGCUGGUCCGCUGCACCUGAAGCUGAACACACUGGCUCACAUUCAGCUCCAGGCACACCAGUGCAUCCUGCAGCAGCCGCCACUCCGCUUGUCCCGUUUGCCCAAGACCCGGACUUGCCACUCCUUCCGGACCUCCUUCCAGACUACAACAGAGCACCCACCCCGCCAGUGUCUAGUUGCUCUUCUGAGAAUGACUGUGGAUCGGUCUGUUCGGAGCCGCCUUCCGAUCCUGAGGCGCUCGAGGUGGAGUGCGCCGCUGUGCUGCAACCUCCCUCGCCGUCCUCCGCCCCUGCCCUCUUGCUCUAUAAUUCGUGCAGCAAUGUUACACACACUGCGUCCUCCUGUGAUCCGGAUGCUCCCCGCGCGCUGUUCCAGCCCACCUUUGUUGGCUCCGCCCGGCGUGUGGCGCGCAAACAGACCAACUCGACCAGGCGAGUGUGGUCCAACAACCGCCGCCCGCUUGCACCUUGUGCCUCCGUGCGGCGUGCGCCAAACGUGAUGCUCGAGCUCUUGUGCUUCUCCGCCAGCGUUCCUUGUGCCAUGGAGUCCGUGCCCUCUACGCCAACAACGGACCGGUCCGUCUUCUCCGUCCGCACUGAGCGCCGCCGAGUUCAACUGCCAGGGCCCGACGGAGUUGAGCCUGCCCACCUUCAGGCCGUGCCAGCACCCGUGCAGCAUGCUUCACCACCGGUUGUCCGCACCGUGAGCACAGCCUACCUUCCUGGGGGUUCGGGUGCGCUCUGGCCCGACCCCUCCUGGUCUGAUGCGCAACUGUCUUCCUGGCUCUCUCGCCUCGAUCACCGUGUCGUUGUCCGUUUGCGCAUCUUGCUGCAAGCCCGCGACGCGGGUGCCGCUGAAGUCAUCCUCGGAUACUGCCAGCAGCCAUGCUCGAACCGUUGUGGGAACCUUUGCGGCCGACCUAUGCUGGACCGCCCGCGCCCUCACCGAGAUCACUUCUGCGGUCGUUGCCAUGCUGCCCGCCGUGCUUCGGAGACGCUUGACAUUCGCCAUGACAUGCCUCCUGUUCUCCGUCGCCAUCGCCGACGCCAAGGAGGUGCCAUGGCUCAUCGUCCCCGCUUGGACGAUCCAUCCGUGCUGGAAGCUCUCCUGACGCAAUACUCUGCGCCGGACGACCUGGCCGCCAAGCUCAAGUCUGCCGGGUACAACGCCCUCUCUGCAUUGGUCUUUGCCGCCCCGGAGGUCGCUGACGAGCCCCAGCUGUUGCGCAGCCUGCUGUCCCUGCCCGCUCCUUCGGAACUGACCACACCUGCGUGUUCGGCUGUGCGUCGCCUUCUCAUGGAGGCGCGCUUGCUUUUGCCCGGCGUACCGCCUGCUUCGACGGCUACAACCUCCGCAUCUCCUUCUGCUCCGCUGCUUCCGCAGCCAGCUGUGCCCAGACUCACCUCAGCAGAACUGUCCCAGCUCCGCACCGAUUUCACAACUGCUUACCCCGGCGAGCUCCUGGACUCCGCCACAACACCGUGCCUGGAGAUGUGCUCUGCGAUCAAGCACCUGCAUGACUCCUCUUGCUCCCCUUGGUUGCCUUGGCGUCAGCGCGCUUCUGAAGCAGACCGCGCUGCCUGGUCCGAGUCCCGCGCCUGGUCCGACCUCCGCCGCGGGCCUCAAUGGGCCGCUGAGUCCGUGCUUCGUCGCAACCUCUCACUCUUCGCUACCGCGUUGGCUAUGACGAAGAUCACCCACUUGAUCACCAUCAAGCGGUUCACAGACAAGUUUAUCUCCACCGCCCUGGCGGUUCCGCUAGACCCGUCGCUCCGCCCGCCGACGCUCAACGAGAUCUUAGCUGCGGACCGUGCGGUCUGGGUCUCCAUACAUGAAUUGGUCCGUGACCACGCAUGGUCCAUCGAGGACGCCCUCAACGAGAUCUCCACGUGCCGCCAGGACAUCUCCGCCCUCUUGCAGCCUCGUCCGCGACCUGCCAAAGCCGCUGCUGGCAAGGGACGCGGUAAAGAAAAGACUGACGGCACUUCUGCCGUGCCCGGCUUCGAGGAACCGGCACGCCCGACACCGCCUGGCGUUUGCGAGCAACCGGUCCUGCACCGUUCUCUGCCUAGCCAGCCCAGCAUGCCUUGCCCGCCCCCCCAUGCGCCGGCACGCUCGGUCGCCCCGAGCGUACGUGAGCAACCGGCUGCCGCAUCUUGCGCUGACUCUGCCUUUCCUUCUCGCCACUUCCUGCCGGCAUGCCUGGUUGUUCCGGGGAUUCGUGAGCAACCGGCAUCUGACCUGCCCAGUCUUUCACUGGCUCCACGCGCUUCGCAGGAUUGCCCCGGGCCUCACUGUCGCCCCAUCCCAGGUGUUUGCAUGUUUCUGGACCUGUUUGCUGGUUCCUCGGCCCCGGUUCACAACGCCAUCCGCAAGCUCCUUCUAGCACGCAUGGAACCGGUGGAUCUUCUGACUGGUUCUGCCCUAGAUGUUUCCGACGAUGUCACCUACUCCGCGCUCUGUCGGUUGUGCGCUUCCGGCUUAAUUGGUGCUUGCUGUGCUGCGCCGCCAUGCUCGGCCUACUCUCGCGCGCGCCUUGCAAAGCCGGGCCCCCCGCCGGUGCGCACGCCGUCUUUUCCAUUGGGUCUGCCCAACCUUUCUCCGAAACAGCAGCGUGAGCUCGCCAUGUCUACACUUCUGCAUCAACGCACACGCCACCUACUUUCUCUUGUGGCCGCGCGCGGGGGCAUCAUUUUUCUGGAGAACCCCUCUACUAGCUUGCUGUGGCUGGAUCCCCAGGUCAUGGCCUGGGUCCGUGCGUUUGCCCCGUUCGGAGCGUCCGUUGCCUCUUGUGCCCAUGGCCUGGAUUACAAGAAAGCUUGGCUGUUCUGGUGUAACCGGCCGUCGGUGGCAGCUCUGGCAUCCGUGUGCCCGCACCUGCCCGCCUACCAUCGCCCCUUGUCGAGACAGCGCACCGCAGAUGGAGGUUUCCUCACCAGAACGACGGCCUGUUGCCGCCCUCCCUCGCCAGCUCCAUUGCAUCCCUCUGCGUCCCCUUCGUGUCAAUUGAGGACCGCGAUUAUACACUGUCUACAUGGGUUGACUUGUUGCCCGCCCUUCCCGGUGGAGGAUGGCGCUGGCACGGGCAGCGCCGCCUGUCACGUUCGACCACAAAGUGACGACCACUUUAAGGCCCUGCGCCGUGCUUGGUCCGCCCGCCUGGCCCACACUGGUCUAGUUCCCAAAAUAGUCACCGCAUUGUCUUCCGGAGCUAAAACUGCGCCUCUGUCUGAAGACGAACUUGCUCCGCUCUUCCUCGACCUGCGCGAGUUUCUGCAAGUCCACCAGGAAGAACUGCGUGCAGGCUGGAUCCUGGAGGUUCCUGGGGGUGAUGCCGAGCUGAAGCGGAGAUAUGAACACACUGCAGUCGGCAAGUUGGGGGUGGUGCUUUCAGAGGGCCGCCCGCCACGUCUUGUGGUUGACAGCUCCAUUUCUGGUGUUACCGAAGCCACACACUUGCCUAAUCGAUCCGCCAAUCCGACCCUUCUGGACAUUCGCCGCUGCCUCCCCAUCUCCGAUGCCCGCGAACGCUUGGUCGCCCUGGUUUUAGAUGUCAGCAAGGCGCAUCGCCGCCUCAAAACCUUGCCCGCAGACCAAGGCCUGCUGUGCUUCCGCCACCGUGGCCGCCUCUAUCAGUGUAAAACCUUGAACUUUGGUGCAUGCGCGUCUGGGUUCUACUGGGCUCGUGUGGCUGGUCUGCUUGUCCGCCUCGUUCACCGGUUUUGGUGGGUCGGCCACUCUGCCCUCAUUUAUGUGGACGACCAAUACUGCCCUCCCCUGGUACAUGUUGCCCUAUCUGUGCAAGCAUGGGCACGCCUGCAGUCCGUGCUCUCCAAUGACCUCCGGGUUAUUGGGCCGUCAGGUCUUGCGUCCGCCCCCUUAGGCAGCCGCGUGUUCCGUGUGGCCCAGACCGCUGUUCUAACCAAGGAAGAAUUGCCUCAGUUUCCGCCGUCCGCUCGGCGUCUCUGGGUCCAGAUCUCAGACCUUGCGCACCCUGACCGAGUCAUCUCGGACGCUUCACGCGCCGUGAUGGACAUGUGGCUUCAGAUCUGCCGCUCUGGGACCGACUUCAAAUCCUUAUUGCUGUCACCUCAUUUCGAAUGUGAGGCCUUUGCUGACGCACGUGCUGACGGUUCUUCCGCCGGUCUGGGCGGGUUCGUUCGCCUGCCUGGGGGCCAAACUCUUUUUUUCCAGGUCACGUUCUCUCAAGCGGAGCUUCACUCACUGAAUGACCUAGCAGAUGGUCUUAGCCGCGGCUAUGUUUCCGACAGCGUUGACUUGGCUGACUUUCGGUGCAUGCUCCCCCUCCGGGGCAAGCUUUCCGGUGUGGAGGGGCAAACACAGCAGGACUGGGCCUCGAGUUCGAAAGGGGUUCGAGGAGCCUCCUCAGCUCGCUUCGAAGAGUGCAUCAGGAUUCUUCAGGAGUUUCGCGUGGAAAGGACACUGCGGUUCUUUCACCUGGACAAGAUCACCAUGUUCGCGUGGGUCACAUUGCGGAGCUACGCAGAACGAGCAGACCCUUUGCUUUUUCUGUCGGUUGAUCCAGAAUUCCCGCCGUCUUUUGGAGGUCAUGAUUCCUCCACUUUCACACAUUGGCUUGAGGACAUCGCUGGAAAUCAUUAUGCUACCGCGAAGGGGCUUGGCCCUGAAGGCGGCAUCCUUCGCCUAGUCAACAUGCGAAAGUUUGCCAGCGAGGAACUCAAUGCAGUGCUGUCCUUGCACUGCUCGUAUCUGAUUGCAUUUGACCUUUUGUUUUGGGAGCAUUUGCGGAGCCGGUCUAUUUGUCCGACAGGGAGUGGCCUGCCUCCUGCCAGAGUCGCAGGAAGAUUAGGCAGUCCGCAGACCCAGGAUGAGCUAGAGUUCUGCUCGGGCUUCGGGCGCUGUGACAAGCAUGGCGAGUGUCAAUGCGACAGUAAGCAUGCAGGACCUGCUUGCGAGCACGACAAGAUAGAGAUCCUUCGCAAUGACAACUUUCAUUUUCAGGUGUCGGCUGGUCACUACCAGUACUUUCGGGUCCAUGUGCCGCCACGCUUUCCAGGAGGCUAUGUCAAGGUUGAGAUCUCCGGAUCGGCUCCAUUGGUUGUUCUUGUCAGAUACGACGACUUGCCCACGAAAGCAUCGUAUGACCUGAGCAACUUCGAUGACUGGAUCAACCACAGAUCGCACACGGUCUUGAAGUUCAAGGUCGAGGCAUCCGGCGGCGUCGGAGCUCCAGGAGGUCCGCCAGCCUUCGAUGGCCCCGAAUCUUUUGGCCUCGGCGGGCGCCCACCCGCUGUUGGUGAUGGAAUGGAGGCCGGGCCAACCUUGCCCCGCAGGACCCAAGCCACAGGCAGCAUGGGGAACGCCAGCCUUCGACAGCUUUCUGGAGUGGGCUGCCCAGAAGCUCCCAAGCUGACGCAUCCAGCUUGCCUUGCACCAGCCUAUCUCCACUGUGAGGAUGCCUGCAUGAAGUGUCUGCAAUGUGCCCAGAGCGCAGACAAGACGGCCUGCAGCAUACCUUGCCAAGACUGCUCGCACCGGCGGUGCAGUCAGAGCCUGGCAGCCUGUGCCAGCGAUAUCAGCCACUUCCUCACAGCCUUAUGGCAACGCAUUGCAUUGCCAAUGCAUUCGCUCAGAGGUGGCGUGUGCAUUCCCCGUGCAUUCCGCGUGCUCGACAGGAGACGCGGUACGUAUUUGUCGGAGUACUGCACCAUCGCCGAUACAGAAUGGACAGGCAGGAUCUUCGAUGAUUACCGGGACAUCACAAGCAAUGUCCAAUGGGUGCACAGCAAAUCUCUGGUGUUUUAUGAGACCGGCUUUGACAGUCAUGACGUAACUGGACGUAAGUACAUGAGUAGGUACUUCUCGGCUGCUCUUCAAUAG